AUGGCCCAUGACGCUCCGCAUCGAAGCCAGAGCCGCAACUCGGACGAUGUGUCGCUGGCAUCAAUUCCGGCUCCCACCCCGGGUAUUGCUUCGGUGGCAGCCAUCAGGCGAAAACCACUCAACCGGCCUAGUCCCACCGACGUUCCCGACGAUGCGAAUCCCCGUUCGCCGUCGCUGAAAACAACGAGCAAUAUUGGCUACACGAACAUACGCGGAUCCGACAAGCCGUCAGAGAAAGAAGCGGCCCCCAAACGCCCGCCGGUAAUGAGGUACUGGUCGUUGGAACUGGCGUCUCUGGCUCUGGCAAUUGGACUCAUGGCGGCCAUGCUGGGGAUUCUCAUCCGCGCAGAUGGCAGACCGACCAGCGACUGGUCAUUCCCGAUCAACAUCAACUCGCUCAUCGCUAUACUCUCAACCAUAUACAGGGCCUUGUUGUUAGGCAUCGCGACGGAGGUCAUUUCGCAGUUCAAGUGGGUUUGGUUCUGGUCCAAGUCAUCACCGGCUCGACCCCUCAGCCAUUUCAGCGACUUUGACGAUGCGAGCCGUGGCAUAUGGGGUGCGCUGAAGCUUUGCAGAGUGGUGGCUACUCACAGCGUAUCAUCCUUGUUGGCAUUGAUCGUCAUUAUCUUGUCCUUUGCCGCUGGGCCGUUCAUCCAGCAAUCGAUCAAUGUCAUCACGCGGACAGACCAGCUGCCCGAGAGGAGAGCCUCCUUGCCCGUGUCCUAUAUGGUCGACGGAGGCGACUUGUGGUACCGCUCUUCCAUGAGCGGCGUCAUGGCGGAAUGGAACUUCCGCCCUCACGUCCGUGGCCUCGUCUACUCGGCGCUCUUCAACCCUGGUAGCAACGACACAAGCAUCGCCGCGGAGUGCUCCACCGGAAACUGCACAUUCUCGGCCCAACACUCGGCCGUGGAGGUACCGUCAUCAGCAGGAGACGUCACGCAUGCUUCCAUCGGAGUUUGCAGCUAUUGCAGCGACCUCAGCUCUCUUGUCACCGCUGUGAACGACACUCAUGUCGGAUUACCCAACGGCAUGGCCGUUAGUAUCAUCAAUCCGGAUGCCAUGCAGAUCAAAAACGACGACGACCUGUCUUGGGCCGAGGGUAUCAUCGACGACCAAAAGAUUUCACAGAUCAUUUGGGCCUUCGCCAACAUCACUAUCUUAACGAGAGGAGUCCCAGACGAUACGGACCCGAAGAACCUCAAAUAUGCAGAUCCCACAGCAUAUUCUGCCGUGUCGUGCUCUCUCGUGCCGUGUCUGAAGUCAUAUUCCGCUGCUAUCACCAACGGCAAGUUGACUGAGACGGUGGUCGAAACGAUGCCUAUGUAUCCGGACGGAAUUGACUACCCCGAGUCAGACCCAUACACGUUCUCGUCGGCUGCCAGCCCCCUCCCUCAAGUUGUCUGGAAUAUCACUGCUGUUCAAUCGCCCUGUCGCGUCAAUGGCUCCGUGUUCGACAUCAUCAAGGAGAAUCAGAACAGCAGCAUAACCGAUACCAAAGUCAGAAUUCUGUCUCCUUCAAAUGGGCCAGACUACCUCCCACAAAUGGUCCCAGGUUCCUGCACAUUCCGUAUGAGUGGCUUCAUAUACAGGAUGUUCAGUCAGCUUUACCAGAACGAGAUCUUCUCGGGCAGCUGUAGUUGGGAUCGCCGCCAAGGGGACGCCGUCGACUGCAGGAGCAAGUGGUGGCUAGGGCUGCUGUGGGAGCAGAAUAACGCAACAGUCGAGUCACUAACCACAAGGUUUUCAGACUUCGCCGAGUCGAUGACGAAUCAGUUCAGGUCCGGCUUGGCCAGGCAAGAGGGCACCGAGUCCCGGGUGUAUGGCAGGGCUCUGAUGGAUCUUACGUACAUUCAGAUCCAAUGGCCUUGGCUGAUCCUGCCUGCGGUGCUCCUCGUCAUCGAUAUCAUCUCAUUUGGCUGGGUUAUUCUGAGAGGCUUGAGGCAUAGGAAGGACGAGGUCGUCUGGAAAAGCCACUCUCUGCCACUGUUGUUUUACAAGGAAUUGUUCGUCACGUCGGAGGGUGCGAGGAUAGAACAGGGGGACUUGACCGGCAUUUCAGAUGCAGCAGAUGGGCGUCUAAUGACCACGUCUGAGAUGGAGGCGGUUUCCAAGAAGGUUAAGGUCAAGCUGCUACGAGGCGGGACUUCAGGUGCUUCUUCUGUGGAGGUGGCAUCUCGCACAGCCAGCCUGAGGCAAAGAAGCUUGCUCGAGCAGCCCUCAGAUAAUGAUACGUUGCUUGGACGGGUUUGA